AUGGCAUUUAUCAUUCAGCCUUGUUUCCCAGAAGAUGCUUCGGGUCUUGCAACGACUAUGAUGGGUGCUCGUCUCACCGAUCCUCACUGGCGAUUUCUGUGGGAACAUCCAUCUGCCGAAAGUAUCAUUCCUAAGGCUAUCGAGCGCGUUCCUUGGACUCUGAUGACUAGCAGAGAAACAAAACGACAUCAGAAGGUUGUCGAUCUUGAGACUGGUCAAGUAGUGGGAUAUGCGCGAUGGUCCCUCCCUCCAAUCAUUGCAAAGAAGCGUGAUGUUUGGCUGGAGGCACAGGUGGAGGAAGGGACUUCUGCCGAACGCGCAGUGUAUGAGAAACAGUAUCAAGAGAAUUCCCGGAAUGGGCAGCCUAUAGGCUUAAAGGGCGGCGAGAUGAUGCGUUAUCGCAGUGCGCCUCUUGAGGAAGCAGAUGCUCGAAUUAUGCCAGGUGGACCCUUUCUGACUCUUGAUUAUUUGACGACAGAUCCCUCUUUCUGGCGCCGAGGUAUCGGCAGAAUGCUUGUGCAAAGUGGACUGCAGAUUGCGGAUCAACAAGGAAUGAAGACCUAUGUGAUGUCGGAACCAGCUGCACUGAAGCUAUAUCUCAGCCUUGGCUUUCAACUGGUAGAUACGGUAUCAGUGGACUACUCCCAGUAUGGCGGAACGGAACCCAUGGUGAUGUAUUUCCUUAUUCGAGAGCCAUCUCAGGUAGAUUCCAAAGACGCGUGA